AUGUUUUCUCCACAAGUAACUAUCCCUCUAGCUGGUCGUCUUCGUGGUCAAUACCAAUUAAACUACCUACCAAAGGAAUUACGGGUUAGAUGCCCCUAUGGACCUUCGGACCGCACCGUGGGCGAUCCCGCACCCGAGAGCGACACCGAAAGCCGGCUGGCGGCUCCACUUCAUGACCACAUUGAAGCAACAGCGCCACAAUUCCAAUAUCGACCGCUCGAGAGCCACGACUCGAUCCGAAUACUGACUCUGUCACCAGGACGGCCCAACGACCCGUUGCGAGGCACACUAGAAGUCGUCCGUAUCGACUCCGCAGGAGUCUACGAGCCGAUCUCGUACGCCUGGGCUGAGCCCGGCCCACCGAACUGCAGAUACGAGAUUUUCCUGAGCGACGGCGACCAGGAGCGAUGUCUACAGCUACGAGGCGGAAACCUGUUUGCAGCGCUGCGGCGCUUCCGUUCGCAGGAUACACAGCGACGCCUCUGGGCGGACCAGAUCUGUAUCAAUCAAGAUGAUCUGGGGGAACGGAAUCAGCAGGUGCAGUUUAUGAACAGAAUCAAUGCGAAUGCCAGUCGGGUGCUCAUCUGGCUUGGUCUGGAUGACGAGGAUGAAGCCGAGUCUGCGUUCGGGCUGAUCUACCAGGUCGACGGGAAGCUUUGUGAUGAGGCCGAGGAGAAGAAGUUCCGCCAUCAAUAUACCCAGGAUCUUGACGUGCAGUCGAGCAGGGAAUGGAGGCCUCUAGAUGGCUUGACUAAGCGCUCCCUGGUGAGUGACCUCUGA